UCUUUCUCCAUCUCUCGUGUGAAACAGAGCCUGCCUAAUACUAGUGAGAGAAAUUGAAAGAAAUACUAGUACUACUAGUACUCUACUGUAUACUCUUUCUGGUUCUAUCUAUAGAGGGAGAGAGAGUGAGGAACAUAAAACACUCUCUCAUUACUCGCACAACUCAAAACAAACAUUACCACCGUCGGCGGUUUUCUUUGGAAUUUUGUGACAACCCAAACACUCCUUAUCUAGGAGGAAUAAUCUACAAUCUCUAGAGAGAGAGAAGAGAGUAUAGGGAUAAACAGAGAGAGAGAGCUGAGGGUUGAGGAAGAUUUCAAGAAGAUUUGAAGAGUUGAGUGAGCAUGAAGAGGGAAUUUAGUUUACAUUUUUAGCUAGAUAUAUCCAAAAUCUUGAACUUCUCUUUACUGGGUUUCAGCUGGUUUUGGAAAAAAGUUGUGUGCAAUCAUGGCUACUGUGCAGUUUAUCAGUAGUGAGAGAAGGGUAGUAAAAAUGGUGAUGAUUGUAAUGAUUUUGGGUUUGGGUUUUUUCUUUUCAUCUAGUGUUGAAGCUCGAAUGGGUAUUGAAAGACAGAAGCUUGAAGUUCAGAAGCAUUUGAAGCGUUUAAAUAAACCUCCUGUCAAAACCAUUAAGAGCCCAGAUGGAGAUAUUAUAGACUGUGUGCCUGUUGCUCAUCAAAUGGCCUUUGAUCAUCCAUUUCUCCGGAACCACACUAUUCAGAUGAGACCUACAUAUCAUCCAGAAGGCAUUAAUUUUGAAGAGAACAAAAUUGCUUCAUCAAAAUCGAGUAAAGAAAAACCCAUUACUCAACUCUGGCAUGUUAAUGGUAGAUGUUCAGAGGGUACUAUACCCAUUAGAAGAACAAAGAAAGCUGAUGUCUUCAGAGCAAGUUCUGUUAAGAGAUAUGGAAAGAAGAAACACAAAAGCAUCCCUAAACCUAGGUCUGCUGCACCUGAUCUGAUUAAUGAAAGUGGUCAUCAGCAUGCAAUAGCUUAUGUUGAAGGAGAUAAGUAUUAUGGAGCUAAAGCAACUAUAAAUGUCUGGGAACCAAAAAUCCAACAAUCAAAUGAAUUCAGUUUAUCACAAUUAUGGAUCUUAGGUGGUUCAUUUGGUGAAGAUCUCAACAGCAUUGAAGCUGGUUGGCAGGUCAGCCCAGAUCUAUAUGGAGAUAACAACACAAGGCUCUUUACAUACUGGACUAGUGAUGCAUAUCAAGCAACUGGGUGCUACAAUCUACUGUGCUCAGGCUUCAUUCAAAUCAACAGUGAAAUUGCAAUGGGUGCAAGCAUCUUUCCCACGUCUGGCUACCGUGGCUCUCAGUAUGAUAUCAGUAUACUUGUCUGGAAGGAUCCAAAGGAGGGACACUGGUGGAUGCAGUUUGGGAAUGAUUAUGUUUUAGGGUAUUGGCCUUCAUUCUUGUUCUCAUACUUAGCUGAUAGUGCAUCCAUGAUUGAAUGGGGAGGUGAAGUUGUGAAUUCAAACCCAGAUGGACAGCAUACUUCAACACAGAUGGGCAGUGGGCAUUUCCCUGAAGAAGGGUUUAGUAAAUCAAGUUAUUUCAGAAAUAUUCAAGUAGUUGAUGGUUCCAAUAAUCUUAGGUCUCCUAAAGGCAUUGGGACUUUUACCGAGCAAUCCAACUGUUAUGAUGUUCAGAAUGGCAAUAAUGGUGAUUGGGGCAGCUACUUUUACUAUGGUGGUCCUGGCAAAAACCCUAACUGCCAAUAGAAGAAGACCCUAAUUACUCUACUACCACCCCCUUGUAAUUGUAUCAUUCAAUAUGUCCCUAAUCCCUCCUCCCUCACACUAGUUUUUCUUUUACACCCUCCCUAGGUUUUUAGUCUUCUCUGUAAUGGCAAGUUUUGAUAUUUUUAUUUAUUUAUCUUUUUUUUUUUACUAUAGCUCUCCAUAUAAGUAACUGGAGAGGAAUGCCAAAAGUUUCUUAAUCUCAAAAGAAACAGGCCUUUUCAUUAAUUACCCCUCCUCCUCCUACUGUUACCUUUCUAUGUGUAUUUGUUUGGUUGCUCCUCUCUUUGGAGCUGGUUUGUUCAGUUGUCAAUGGAUGGAUUGAAUGAAUGAAAUGAGAUUCUGAUAUUUGAGCA